GACUGGAACUAGAGUGGAACUGAUUGUUAGGUGUUUGGUCCAAACUAUUUAGCAUCACAUCUCCGGGAGAGAGAGAGAAAGAGGGAAAGAGGACCUGGCACUCUCAGAAAAACAAUCAACUGAAGAAUCUGGGUCAGACAGAAGUUGCUGGGGCCCCAACUCCAAACAGAAGAACUCCAGAAAAUCUCCCACUCUCGGAAUGUGGAAAGAAGCUUUCUCUCCGUUUUAAACACGAGCAUAGAGGGCGGAAUGCAGUUAGGCAAGGGCUGGAUCCAAGUUGCUGUGAGAUUGGGAACCCCAGAGCCCUUUCUGCUCAAAAACCCAGCUGGAAGCCCGAGCUGAGACUACAACAUGAGCUCCAACUUCCAGCUGCCCCGUCCUUUGAAGAGAGCUCAGCACUUGGCCGGCUGCAGGACUGUGAGAGUGGCUAUUCUGGGCCAAGGGGCUGUGGGGAAAACUGCAAUCACUGUACGGUUCAUAACCAAAAGAUUCAUUGGAGAGUACGAUCCAACUUUGGAAACAAUAUACAGACACGUGUCCUCAGUGGAUGGGGAAUGCGUGCAGUUUGAAGUUCUGGAUACUGCGGGACAGGAAGAGGACGCAAUGCUGAUCGAGGAAAAGAUCAAAUGGGCCGAGGGCUUCAUCAUUGCCUACUCGGUGACAGACCGGUGUAGCUUUGACGAGGUUCUCAGGCUCCGGUUCUUGAUCAGCCACAUCCACUCCGGCUUGAAGCGGGGUCACAACGAUGCCCCACCCCCGGUGGUGAUCGUCGCCAACAAGAAGGACCUUCAGUACGACCGGAUGGUGACCACAGAGGAGGGUGAUGGCAUCGCCCGGGCACUCAAAUGCUCCUUCUUCGAGAUCUCGGCCCGGGACAGCUACGAGGAGACGGUCAGCGUCUUCAAUUUGCUUUACCGGGAGAUGGCGACCAGUGGAGCGCUGUCAACGUUCCGGCGGAAGGUCUCUUCGAAGCUGAUGGAUAAGAUACCCAGGAUCCCUUCAAACACCACCAUGAGCUUGUCCACACGGAGUUUCAGCUUGAGUUCUGUGAAGGACUUCUUAACCGAUUAAGCUUCUUGCAUCUUGUGGAAAGGCUAUCCAAAAGACUCGUCUCCGUUUGGCCGGCUGGUAACAGCCCAAAGCAACUUGCAGCCAGUGCAGUCACUGUUUAUAAUAUAGGAAACAGUGGCAAGCAUCUUUGGCACAGCAAGUUCUCUCAAACUGUGACAUGAAACAGAUGUUGGUUAAGGGCUAAACAUGGGCCAGAACACCAGGAAGAAAUCCUCUACUCUUCUCCACAUUGCAAGGGAUCAUUUAUGGGGCCGCAGUUUGAACUCUCAUCUUGAAAUCGGAUUGCUCUGGCGUUAGGCUAAAUCAUACAGCUUUUCCUGGUGACCCUCAGCAUGGGAAUGAUAGUUACAUUCAAGGCUUGCAGGACACAGAGGUUCCCGAUGAGCAGAAUGGCCUCCUGUUUUUGCAAUGACUAGGACUGGGGGCCAUUUAUUUGUUUUUAAAAAACAGAGAAAUUGAAAAUAAAGCCAACAGGAUAACAGACGUCUUACAGGCAUCUUCACAAGUCUGUCGAACUGCUUUAACAUUCUUGAAGUGGUUAAACUAUUUCCCUUUUCUCUAUCCCUGAGCUGUAUAUAUGCAGCAAAAUUCUGCAGAUGGUUGAUAGAAUAUAUAUAUUGCUGUUUCCUGGAUAUGAAUAAUAUAUGCCAAGAAGGCAGAGGUAUAGACUAUCGUCGGCUCUCAAAUUGCAGGAGUCAACCAGUUGAAUUUUUAUGGCAUUUCCUGCAGUGAUGUCACAUUCACGUUGGGAGAUUCCACAAAAUUAACAAACUUUAGUUUCAGUAGUAAAAAUGAGGAGGAGUAACUAACCUUUAAACUGUCCGUUACGGAGAAAGUAAAAAGAAAGGGGAUACAUGCAUGAUAUGCUUUCAUGGAGAACAGGCACUGACACGAGGUGGAAUGGUCUUUUCUACAGGGUUUUACACAGUGGACUGCAUCAUACAUUGAGCAGGAGCACAAGUUAUGCCAUAGUUACCAAAUGUAAUUUAUAUACAUGGACAGAAGGGGGAUUUUAAAAAAAAAUUCAUUCAUUGGAUGUGGGCAUCACUGGCUCGGCCAGCAUUCAUUGCCCAUCCCUAAUUGCCUAGAGGGCAGUUGACAGCC